AAAAGUUGUUGUUACACGCCUUUAAAUAUCAAUGGAUUUUGGACAAACUGUUUAGUGAUUUCUAGACUUCUGGUGAUAUAAGUACGGUACGCCAUGAAGGUGUUUUUGCUUGCAUUGUUGGUGGCACUUGCUGCCGCUCAAACGAUCCAUGAUGGUCAAAUUUUCGACCAGUUUAACAUUAAAGAAAUAAUGAGUGAUGAUGUCCAAAGGAAACUUCUUCUCGAUUGUGUUCUGGACCGUAGCCCGUGCGGGAAAUACCAGAUAAUCAAAGACAAAACACCCAGUAUCCUUGAAACCAAAUGCGGUGAUUGCACACGUGCGCAGAAAGCUAAAUUCGAAGAAGCAAUAAAAACACUCGAAAGAGACUAUAUCGAUGAGUUUAAGGCACUCAAAACACUAUAUGCGGUUUGAUAAUGAUAAUUCGUGAAUACUUACGAAAUAUAUGAUGUUUAAAUA